AACUGCUGGGUUAUGAAAUGUGUAACCCAUUUUGGGUUAUUUGAAUGAGAUUUUGGUUAUUUUAGUGCAACUUGACCCAGCACCUGGGUUGUUGUACUUGUUUGAACCGGUUUGAACCGGUUUGAUCAUCAUUACAUCUACAGCCAUCCUUGACAACGCCAGGAUCCAUUUUGUCUUCGAUCUGAGCGGGGGAAAAACAUCGUUGUUGCGAGGUAAAUCAACAAUAAGAGAGUGUACCAUAUCUGACGAAUGCGCAUCACAGCUUAAAGAAUGGUUAAGAAACAAUUGCCAGCCCCUCAGUCAGGUACAGGACUAAAUGCAAGACACUGCAGUCUACAGGGCCAAGUGCAUUAGGGACAACAAUUGGACCAUCUACCAGAUCCUCCAAGAAUUCCCUCGCCUAAUGAGCAAAGGCAUGGACUUUCUUAUCCUGCAUGGGGAUGCUUCAUCAAAGUUGUUUGAAACUUGGCUACCCAUUUAUGCGGAGAAAAUCCUGUACCUGUCAAGACGGGAGGGAAAGCUGAUCUCGUCCCUGGAUGGGUUAACACAAGAUGCCAUUGGUGAACUCAGCCUGAGGCAGUUGCCAUCCUUGCUCCCUCCAACUGCUUACAAACUCGGCCGUGGCCACAGUGCUAUAAUGGUUCGCCACACCAUUGAAGAAUGUAACUUGGCCUUCAUCCACCAUAAACCUCCUGGAACCAACAUGGUGGAAUACCUCCACGAGGCCAAGGCCACAAGACCAUUCCCCUAUGUGCUGACGUUGGGAAAUGAAACACAGCAUGUGUCUCAGGCCUUUGUCAUCAUUGCUGGCCAGGCUGUGGAACAUGACACACUGCUUCAGGCCGUCGAUGCCUGCUUCAAGGCAUUCUUUAUUUUAGACAGUGAAUACCCGAGGCAUUGUGAACACGUCUGGAAAUUCCUGCAAACCACCGUCUAUGAAAUCCCAGGAGGGGAGUCGAAACUAGUAAAGUUUCUGCAGAGUAGAAUACGUGCUAGCAAAAGAAGCAAAUAGCUUUGACUGCAUGAACUGGUUCCUCCUCCCCUCCAUCACGGACUCCAUGAUCCAGCAGGUAGCUGCAAAUGCAAGGGGUCCUUUCAGA